CAAAUCCACACAACCACCAAACCAAACUCCUCUCGGAGACUCCGUUUCCCUUUAAGGCAUGAAUGCUCUUUCCCUCCAUUUUCUUAAACCUCCAAUCUCUCCCCUAAGAUUCUUGCCACGCGCCACCGCACGCGCCGCCUCUUCCGCACAGUCAAUCCAAGCCCAAACUCUCGAGGUCCUUGAAUGGCGAGCCCUCUGCAAUCAGCUUUCUCCCUUCACUUCCACGACCAUGGGUCUCUCCACCGCCAACAACGCCGAAAUUCCGGUGGGUAAGUCUCCGGAGGAGAGCCGGAGGCUCCUCAACGAGACGGAGGCUGCUUUGGCGGCCAUGGAGGCCAUGGGAUCGCGGCGCUUGGAUCUGUCUAAAGUCAUUGAUGUGUCGAAAGUUCUGGAGCGUGCUAUGGAUGGUCAGUUGCUUACAGUCAGAGAGCUCUGCGCAGUUCGGAGCACGUUAAUGGCGGCGAGGUCUGCGUUUGAUAGAUUACAGGAAGUACAACCCACUGAUGAGCGGAUCGCUCCCCUAGUCGAAAUACUUAAAGGCUGUGAUUUCGAGACUGAUUUGGAGCAAAAGAUUGGUUUUUGCAUCGACUGCAACUUAUCAGUAAUACUAGAUAGAGCUAGUGAAGACUUGGAGAUCAUAAGAGCUGAGAGGAAGAGAAACAUGGAGAAUUUGGAUUCUCUUUUGAAGGAAGAAGCAACUCGGAUAUUUCAGGCAGGGGGAGUUGACAGGCCCUUGAUAACACAGCGCAGAUCACGGAUGUGUGUUGCUAUCAGGGCUUCACACAAGCAUUUACUUCCGGGGGGUGUUAUUUUAAGCGUUAGUAGUUCAAGGGCAACAUGUUACAUGGAACCAAAAGAGGCGGUAGAGCUUAAUAACUUGGAAGUGAGGCUUGCAAACUCCGAGAAAGAUGAGGAAGUGACCAUUUUGAGCUUUUUAACAUCUGAAGUAUCAGACGCGGGAAGGGGCCUGUUGCAUUUGUUGGAUAGAAUCCUAGAAGUUGACAUCGCUUUUGCAAGAGCAUCUCAUGCUAUAUGGAUCAAUGGUGUCUAUCCAAGUAUUACUUCAAAACAUGAAAAAGCGGUGAACUUGGGUGGAAAUGAUGAAUCCUUAGCUGUAGAUAUUGAUUCUGUACAGCAUCCACUACUUCUUGGAUCCAAACUCGGAAGCCCAAAAGAUGAAAAUAGUUUCCCUGUGCCAAUAGACAUUAAAGUUGAAAGUGGAACCAAAGUAGUUGUCAUCUCAGGACCAAACACUGGAGGAAAGACUGCUUUGUUAAAGACAUUGGGUCUAAUAUCUCUUAUGUCAAAGUCUGGAAUGUACUUGCCAGCUAAGAACUGCCCGAGGUUGCCAUGGUUUGAUCUUAUCCUGGCAGAUGUUGGGGAUCCCCAGUCUCUUGAGCAAAAUCUCUCGACCUUCAGCGGCCACAUCUCACGGAUCUGUCAGAUAAUUGAUCUUGCUUCGGAAAAGUCACUAGUGUUGCUUGAUGAAAUCUGUAGCGGAACUGAUCCUUCGGAGGGUGUGGCUCUCGCCACCAGUAUUCUGCAGUAUGUGAAAAAGCGUGUUAAUUUGGCUGUUGUAACCACACAUUACGGUGACUUGAGUCGUUUGAAGGAUAAUGAGCCUCAGUUCCAGAAUGCUGCCAUGGAAUUCUCUAUGGAAACUUUACAGCCUACAUUCCGAGUACUUUGGGGAAGUAUUGGUGACUCAAACGCGUUGAGCAUAGCUACAUCAAUUGGAUUCAACAGGAGAAUAAUAGAACAUGCACAUAAAUGGAUGGAGAAAUUAAAGCCGGAGCAAGAACUAAAGAGGAAAGGCUUGUUAUUUCAGUCCCUUGUGGGGGAAAGGAAUAGACUGAAUCUUCAGGCAACCAAGGUUGCAGCUCUUCAUUCAGACGUGAUGAAUCUUUACCAUGAGAUUCGGCAUGAGUCAGAUGAUCUUGAUCAGCGUGAAAGGGCACUUCGAAGGAAGGAAACUCAGAGGGUGCAACAAGAUCUAGAUUCUGCAAAGUUAGAGAUGCAGAAAGUGGUGGUUGAAUUUGAAGAUCAACUAAAAGUUGCUCGCCCCGAUCAAUACAAUUCCUUAAUUCGAAAAACAGAAAUGGCACUUGCAGAGAUUAUCAAAUCUUGCAGCCCUAGUGAUUUUAUCUUUGCAGAUGAAGCAGACAGCGAGUACUCACCACAAAAGGGUGAUCAAGUUCUUGUGAUAGGACUAGGAGACAAGAUUGCUACCGUCGUUGAAGAUCCCAGAGAUGAUGAGACAAUACUAGUCCAGCGCGGUAAGAUAAGAGUACGAAUGAAGAGGAAUGAGAUAAAGCCGGUCCGGAAUAGCAAAACCAAUCAACCAGCUAACGUUGGCAUGCAUCCGAGGAGACAGCUACGCCGGGAGUUUCCGAGUGCCGCAGAAGAGAUAAGAGGAGGGGAAGCGUUCGGGCCGAGGGUGCAAACGUCGAAGAACACGAUGGAUCUAAGAGGGAUGAGAGUAGAAGAAGCAAUUCACCAGCUCGAGAUGGCGAUAUCGGGGAGAGAAUCGGGUUCGAUUCUCUUCAUCGUGCAUGGAAUGGGGACAGGCGUUUUGAAGGAAAAUGUGCUCGAGAGGUUGAGAAAGCAUCGCCGGGUUUCUAGGUACGAGGAAGAGAGUGCUGUGAACCAUGGAUGUACAGUUGCUUACAUCAAGUGAGUUUUAGUUUCCAUUGUUGUCUCGAAUAUGAUUUAAACGGCUCCUUACUACA